AUGGGUUCCAACUCCAAGGCCUUUCUUUUGCUAGGUCUUUUGUUAGCUAUUGUUCUUCUCGACUCUUCGGAGGUGUCAGCGAGAGACCUGGCUAAGACUUCCUCUGACCAGGGAAAAGUGGAUGCUACCAAAGAGGCCAAUGGAGUAGAUGAUACCAAAUAUGGUGAAUUUGGCGGAAAACCUGCUGGCGGAUAUGGAGGAUACAUAGGUGGUGGAUAUGGGGGAUACCAAGGUGGACCCUCUCGAGAUCCUAGAAUUCUUUCAGGUGGGAACGGCGGCAGACAUCCCUGCCCCGUCGAAGGUUCGGGGCAUUGUUCCCCUCCUGGUGCAGAAACCGAAGCCAAGCUUCAAAACUAA